AUAAACCAGCAAUUUCUCAAUUUGUCAGGUCAUUCAGCACUUGUCUAUUGAUCAGCAAUCAUGUCAGGAAGAGGCAAAGGAGGAAAAGGUCUUGGAAAGGGGGGCGCCAAGCGUCACAGGAAAGUCCUUAGAGAUAACAUCCAGGGUAUUACCAAGCCCGCCAUCCGUCGUCUUGCACGUAGAGGUGGAGUCAAACGUAUCUCUGGACUCAUUUACGAGGAGACCCGUGGUGUAUUGAAAGUUUUCCUUGAGAACGUGAUUCGUGAUGCUGUCACCUACACUGAGCACGCCAAGAGAAAGACAGUCACAGCCAUGGAUGUUGUCUACGCCCUCAAGAGACAGGGACGCACCCUUUACGGAUUCGGUGGUUAGAUACUCUUAUCACCGUUUGUGCAUCCCAGCGCAAAAACAAAACGGCCGUUAUAACGGCCACCAAAUUCUUUGAAAAGACGCCUCUAUGAAACGUUAUCAAGAGAAACGGUUACUCUGUAUUGUACUUUUAGUCAACAAAUUGGCAUACAACUUGUUAAGAAAAGGUAUGCACUUUGUGGCUAACAUGUUACAUUUGCAGUUAAGAGAUUUCAAUUUGAUACUUGGAUUUCUUUUCAUAUCAAGUAAAUAGUCAGACUACACCACAACUUUGUAGGUUUAUGUUAACAAACAAUCAAUUGAUAUCCAAGAUCAUUAUUGAGCAGAAAGGCUGACCAUGCAAAUCCUAUACUCCCAAUAAAUUUACAUUGUGAGCAUUAUAAUAUAUAUCUCGCACACAUUUAUCUAGAUGGAUUGUUUAUUUAUCACACAAUAUCAUAUAUGAUUUGGACACUUUAAACAUAUCUACUACUAUAUUUAUUUCCAAUCAAGGGGCAGCAUGAAAAUACAUACAAAUAAUGUACAUAUACAGAAAGAAGUGAUUACAUAACACUAUUACAUUAACAUAAAUGAUUUGGACACUUUACAUAUGAAGGAGACAAAACGAAGACUUAAAAAAGCAGCUGAUAAUUAUGAUAACCCCCGUAUUACAAAAUAUCCCACGUCACAGUAUACAAAGUACUAAUUAGUACUAUAGAUAUUUUAAAAUGCAUACCAUGUAGGCACAUGUUAAAUUAAAUUGAUUAUAGAUAUAUGUUAUUGCUUCUUGCCGUCACAAAUGUCCUACAAACAUGUUUUUCUUUUUUCUUCUUUUUUUAUACAAACUUUUAUUGCUAGGAAUGCUGAAAUAGCCAACUCAAGACUUUCUAUUUGGCAGAUUCCUCUGUGGAAGGCAAAGUAAAUGUAAUAUAUGCUUUCAUCUUAAUUAACGUGGGUAUCUAGUUUACCAUUUGGUGACAGUUGACUUUCGUAACAUGCAUUUACUAAUUCUGUACAUUGUAACUGGAAAGUACUUGCAAACCGUGAGAUACUGAUGCGUGGCACACCUACACAAUAUAAACCAAUACACGAUAUGCAGUCGCAUGAAAGAUGUUGUACAAACUUUUUUUCCAAGAUUGGAUUCAUAAAGAGACUAUCAUUAUCAAUUCACCUAUUACACAUGCGAUUCAACAUUAUGUGAGGCAGUUGGGUUAUUUUAUUUAUCAUGUUGUUAAUUUAAAUCUUGUCUGUAAUCAGUAUUUCAUAUAUAAUUAUAUAGAUAUGUGCAGUGCAGAAGUGUGAACUCUGUCAGUAUUACCGGUAGUACUUCUAAAUGAUUGUUAUUUAUUUUCAUUGUUAUAAUUAAUUGCCUGUUAACAUGUACAUGCCCCCCGAGGGCCCUUGAUUGGUGAAUAAACUAUAAUAUUGUG